ACUCAAAUGAAAUUAGCAACAAUGACGAGCUACGAUCCUCUAGUUAUGGAGAAUAUCUCCUCACUAGAGGCAGCCCAUGCCUCUAUCUCUAACUACACUUCUUUUGAUACUCUUCUGUCAGACUUUCGGGAUUUGGCCUUGCGUUAUGACCAAAACAACAUCUACGGCUUGACCCUCGUUCACCGCCACGCACAAGUUCCCCCUGGGUAUCGGCUGAUGGACUUCAAACAGACCCUCCAGCCGUUCCCGUUGGAGACCAGCGCUAACGACCUUCACGGAGCGCCCAUUCGCCCCAAAUCCUUGGCUCUCAUUGCUGGCGAAUGGAAGCCUUACGAAUUCGAACUCGGCGUCUAUGAAGCUCCCCGUAACGAUUUCCUUGCGGAAGUCCAAGCCCUGCUUCAGCAGCACCAGCACGGGCAGACAAGCCUACCAGUGGGCCUCCGUCGCUACUCACCCAGCGACCCCGAAGAGCUCGAGAUUACAGAGAGACAAGGUACCCUUCCCAAGGUCAUAAAGUGA